AUGCAGGCACAAGGCAGGCAGGCAGGCACAAGGCAGGCAGCUAGGCAGGCAAAAGGCAGGCAGAAUGCAGACAGAAGGCAGGCACAAGGCAGGCAGAAGGCAUGGUGGCAGAAGGCAGGUAGGCAGAAGGCAGGCAGGCAGAAGGCAGGAAGGAAGGCAGAAGGCAGGCAGAAGGCAGGCAGGCAAGCAGAAGGCAGGCAGAAGGCAGGCAGAAGGCAGACUGAAGGCAGGCAGAAGGCAGGGAGAAAGCAGGCAGAAGGCAGGCAGGCACAAGGCGGGCAGAAGGCAGGCAGGGAGAAGGCAGGCAGAAGGCAGGCAGAAGGCAGGCAGGCACAAGGCAGGCAGAAGGCUCUGAGGAUCGGAUUCGGGAAAGUGAGAUGA